AUGCAGUCCCAGCCCUCCUCACAACCUGCCCGGGGCAAUCGUCGCUCGACUGCUGCUGCCAAAUCUCGGGUCUGCGUCCAUUGUGGCCGCAGUUUUCGGCGCACCGAGCACCUAGAGCGCCACGUUCGCACACAUACCAAAGAGAAACCGUACAUCUGCUUCUGCGGGGCAGCCUUCACUCGCCGGGAUCUACUGAAGCGACACACGAAUAUCGCACACCCAGGCAAUGACUUGGUUUCGCCCAAUUCGCAGCCAGAGACUGAGAGCAUAGAACCUCAACCUCAUCCGCGAGUUUCCGAGCCCGCCCCGGCACCACCAGCUCCCCCAGCUCCUCCUCCGGCUCCUCCAGCAUACAUCGUCCCGCCGACAUCGCGGCCGGACGCACCUCUCUCGGUCCCGCCGAAUGUGGAACAAUGGACCGGAGGCCCCCCACGAGAGUCAUAUAUCGCGCAGGACCGAGCUCCUGUGCUCGAGCCGGUGAAUAGUGCUCCUGGCUUAGCGGCUCAUGGUGGUGCGGUCGGUCACGAUGCAGAGGUUUUGGAGGCGGCCCAACUUCUGCUCCCCGGGAACUAUCGGCAUACUCCAGCUCCAGCCCAAACCCUGUCAUACCUCCCGGAAGAGUUGAACCACUUCCAGGAUUUUACCCAUUUCCUCGACUCGAUCGGCUUGCCAUCCGAAUGGGUUCCGGCGUUUGGAGAGGUCCCUCAGAUACACAAUCCGGUGCCGGCCACAACGGUCCCGGACAUUGACAGAAACCAUGCGAGCCAACAAGAUGCGCGUCGUCGGAGUAUACCUGAGAGAUCCCGGGCGGAUUCUCCCUUCCGAUCAUGGCUUCCAUCUGUGCCACCAGAAGACCAGAGUCUUGGCUCGGUUCAUGAUUAUGAGCCUCCGCAGAAUGCCAAGAGCAGUUCCUCGUUGAAGGUGACAGAGGAGCAAAGACAGCGUCUAGCUGCUGCCCUGGAGGAGUUUCGUUACUUGAUACCAGAUUUCGUCCUGCCGUCGCGCCAUACACUGACCCGAUACUUGACCUCAUUCUUUGACGGGUUUCACACGCAUCUGCCUUUCAUUCAUGCUCCGACAUUCCGGAUUAAUGAGCAUGCACCGGAGCUCGUGCUGGCUUUCAUGACCCUAGGUGCCCAGUAUCGCUUCGAACACCGCAAUGCGGAACGGCUGUUCCAUGCCUCCAAGGAGAUUGUUUUCUGUAGGUUAUCGAAAGAAUCUCAUGCCAUGCCAUAUAACACCAUAAUUCAAAUACCUCUGAACCACAUUCGUGAUCCUUCACUACCCAGUCAGACAUCCUCGCUGUCGCCUGCGGAAUUCGCUGCGGGGAUGAGCGCAUGGAGGCAAAUCGAAAACAUUCGCACUCUGCUAUCCUUGAUGGGAUACUCCACUUGGGAGAAGGCAGAGCUUGUUCAGGAGGCGUUUGGCCUGCAAAAUUUGCUUGUUCGAUGUCUCCGGGAUUUCGGUCUGGCAGAAAACAUAAUCGUUGCUCCGCGGCACGCCCCUCUGCAAUGGCACGAAUGGGCCGAGGAAGAGUCUAUUCGACGCACUCGAUUCAUCUCCUUCUGCUUUGUCCAUAUUCAUAGCAUAGCCUACAACAUAUACCCGGUCCUGCGCAGCAGUGAGGUCCACUUGCGCCUUCCGUGUUCUACCAAAGAAUGGAAUGCGGCCACGGCUCUCGAAUGGGAAGCUGCGCAGAAGGAAAUCGACUCUCAGCAGUUGUUCUUCCAAGACGCACUCGCAUUACUGCUGCAACCCUCCCGACAUCCAGUGCCGCUUGAGCCGAUCCCAGCGCCACUCGGCAAUUAUAUCCUUCUCCAUGGCCUUCUCCAGCGCAUACACCUCGUCAGCGAGCUUUCCAUACCGAACGGGGAUCACUCGUUUUCUCUCCCUACAGAAGAGUUGAACAAACUUGACCUCGACCCCCAUAACGAGAACGGCCCUAUCCCCUUCACGUCGAGCUCGUUCCUAGGACUAGCCUAUGUUCGUUUGUCGCUGAACUUAGGGUCCUAUCGCCAACUUGAAACGCGAGACCCCUACCGUAUUGCCUCUGCGCUGCAUCGGUCGCCUCGCCCUAGCAGAAGCUAUCAACUCACACCUGCACUGAUUUAUGCGGCGCACGCUCUAAGUGUCCCGGUGCGGUUGGGCAUCGAUCACGUGGCACGCAGUCAAGCUUUCUUCUGGAGUGUCCGACAUUCAAUUGCGAGCCUCGAAUGCGCUGUCCUGCUAAGCAAAUGGCUGAUGUCGCUGGCGGAAACUGGCGGCACCCAAACCUUGAGUGGUAACGAGAGCCGCAUACUGCAUUGGACACGCUGUAUUGUUCAAGAAGCUUACGACUCUUUGGACCUUGAUAGGGAAGAGAUCUUUCCUGGUCUCGAUCCCACCAGUCUUGGACUGGCGGUCAUACAGCUCUGGGCUCGUCUGUUUCGAAAGAAUACACAAUGGCCCUUCAUCAACGUGAUGGGCGAGGGCCUAGAAAGAUACCUUGACCUCAUUCGACCGGAGUGA